UCACCGCAAAGAAGCUCAAACAUAUGCUCUUUUUACUCUUGCCCAUAAGGGGAAUAUAAAUCAAACCAAAGGUAACACAAGUGUGUAGAUGGAGAUGGAAAUGCGCGACCGACUUUACAACCUAAUGGUGAACCAUAGCUUCAUGUCGCGUGCCACCGUCACCGAGAGCAUGGCCAAGUUCGCGAUCCUCAGUCUGGAGAGUUCCGAUGCCAUGGAGAAGACGGUGAUCCGGAUUCUGUUGGCGAUCGAGGACAAGUACCGCAUCUACUUCGACAGCUACCAGAAGGAGUUGGAGUUGCAAAGGAUAGCGGCCCAGACGCUGAGCCAUCUGAUCCAGCGCUACAAGAUCAUCAUGCAGGUGGACGUGAGCUGCACCUGUCCGCACAUCUACGAGAUCGAGUCAGAGGAGGCCAUCAUCAACAAGUACUACAUGCACUACCAGGUGAUCGCCAGCUCUAACCAGAGCCAGAGUUGGGCCAUCCACAGCCUGCGUCCGUAUGUCCUGCUCUUCCGGCGCGAGUGCGCCAAGUUGGAUCAGGACGAGGACUCUCCGUUCAUUCUGGGCGACGUCUUCCACAAGCCGAUCAAGUUCUUCAUGGACCUGGUGGAUGAGCUGUUCGCGUACUUCCACAGCUGUCACCUGCAGCUGGACUGCGCCGCCCGCCUGCUGGAUCCCCUGGAUCUGGGCAGCCUGGAGAACUACCAGAAGCUGCUGGCCCCCAACGAGGACUUCGACGAGUACUUCAUGCACAACAUGAGCUUCUGCAAGUGCCUGCGCCUGCCGCCCAAGUGUCCGCAGUUCGAGAGCCACCAGAAGAUCAAGGAUCAGGCCGAGCCCUACGUUUCGCACGCCAAGAAGAGCCGGUGUGCCAGGAGGAUUGCCAGGAUGGCGGCGACUGGACAACAGAGUCCCAAGCCGGAGGGCAAUGGCUCGGAGCGGAAAGCGUCCGUCGUGAGCAAUCGCAGCGAGAGGGUAACCACAAGUAUUAGCCUGGAAUCGAAUCCUUCUGCGGAACAAACGGUCGUCGUCAACCCCCAACAUGAACGGACUCUGGCGGAUCAACUGUUGAAUGCCUUCACCAUAGUCUCUCGAUCCUUUCCUGUCACAAAUUCAUGACUCCGUGCAUCUUUAAAUCAGAAUUAGGCAAACUUAAAUUCUAAUCAGCCAAUUAAACGACCACAGUGCACGUGAUUGCGUUCUCGGUUUCUCGGAAAUGUCUGCGGAAAUGUUGUAAGUCUCCCUCUUGCCCCUCGGAUAUUUGCUGCACGCAAUCGGGGAUUUGCUUGUUUCACUAAUGCUUUUCCAGCUUAAUUAAGCUCACUCAAUAGUCAAAGAGUGCUUAAUUAAAGACAAACUUUCCAUCAAAAGGAACACUUUGAACUUGGCUUAUCAAUAUAAAUAUGCAUAUUCUAAAUUUGAACUUUUAAUGUCAUGUUCCUAAGGGUAUACAGAUAAACCUAAUCUAAAUUAUUGAAUUAUUUGUUUGAACUUUUAUAACAAUGACUUAUUUUCAACUCAUAGUUUUCCAAGCUAGAUUGCUAAAAAUUUAAGAAGUCAAAUCUAUGAGAUAUGUUUUAUUUGCUAUUAUCUUCGACUUAUAUCUGUGGCAAGCACUAUUUCAUACAAACCAUUUAGCACACCCAAUAAAUAACGAUUGGAUAUGCAAAAGUGUUUUAGCAAAUUAAAGAUGACAAUAAAAACGUUUUUGAGCAGGCAGGCAGGCUUUCUGCUGCAUGUGCGUGUCUAAAUGGACUAAAUGUCAACGUUCGCUGCUUAUUUAUAGUGAGAAACGUGCAUUUAAUGAAAACUAUAAAUAAAUAAGCAAAUUCUUGCCGAUGACGGACAGAUGCAAAUGCUAAUGCUAAAUUACGUAUUAC